ACUUAUGUGCAGGACCAGCCAUAAAAAUUAAGGGAAAUCAAUCAGCCAUUUGCUGUUUUGAACAAGAUCAGUACUCCGAUGGAAUCACCUUGCAAUUGAAUCAAUUGAGUUGAGAUUUUUGUUAAUCUAGCAAUUGGCAAUUGUGAGCAUUGAUUGAGAUUAUACCAUAUUCGACAAAGUAGUUCACAAUGCUGUCACCACCUGGGCACUCUAACGGUAACGCAGCAACAUCAGCAGCAGCAGCAGCAACUACAGUUCCACCUAUACCAGCAUCAGCAUCAGUUGACCAACAAUCAAGUCAGAAAUCAAAGCCACUUCGAAAUGGUCGGUCCAAUACUGUGAAUCAAACCUCAAGACAAUUUAAAUUGAUUUCAGUUAAUUUCAAAGAAGCUGCUUUGGAUUCACCUAGUUUCAGAGCAUCAGUAAAUCACUUGGAUAUUCAAAUCACAAAUAUCGAGAAAUGGUUAAUUGCUUUAUCAAGUUCUAUAAAGAAGUUUCCCUCCUAUAUAAAAGAAGUUCAAUCAUUCUGUAAUUCUUUCUUAGAACAUUUGGUUCCAACUUUUCUUCAAGAUGGAUUGAUAGAUCAAGAAUAUACUGUACAGUCAUUACAUACAACUUUACAGGGUCUUAAAAGACUUUGGGGAUCAAGUUUAAACGCUUUGAAUGUUAACUACUAUGUCAUAGAUAAUACCAGUUCCUUAAUAAACAAGAGUAUAGGGAGAUAUAAAGAAUUGAGAAAGAAAUAUGAUUCAACUCAAGAAAAAUAUGACACAUUUUUAGAUAUAUAUCUUGCAACUUCUAAAUCAAAGGAUCCACUCAUGGCCAUGGAAGACGCCAAACAAUUACAUCAAGUUAGAAAGGAAUAUAUUCAUGCGUCACUUGAUCUCAUCAUUGAAUUAUCAGCGUUAGGAAAUCUCAUCGAUAAAAUGUUAGUGAAUUUAAGUUCUGAUAUUUGGAAAGCGAAAUUUUCAACUGUGGCAAGCGAUUCUAUUGAUCCUUAUUAUAAAGAACAAUCUCAUAAAAUAUCUAAAAUCCAAAGUUGGUGUGAUUCAUAUUCUAUUGCUAUCGACAAGUUAUAUGCUGAUAUGACCUUAGCAAGAACUCAAGUAGAAGAAAGCUCAGCUCUUCAAUUUGUCCCAUCGGCAAAUAUUAAUGAUUAUAAAACUUCCCUUAUUAACAAUAGAUCUUUACAUGAUAUCGAUGAAAGAGGUUUAGAGAAGCAUGGAUAUUUGUUUAUGAAAACUUGGACUGAGAAAUCAUCCAAACCAAUUUGGGUUAAAAGAUGGGCCUUCAUUAAGGGUGGAGUCUUUGGAUUAUUAAUAUUGAGUUCUUCUCAAACAUUUGUUCAAGAAACAGAUAAAAUAGGUGUUCUUUUAUGCAAUGUUAAGUAUACUCCAAAUGAAGAUAGAAGAUUCUGUUUUGAAUUGAAAACUAGUGAUAUGACUGUUGUAUUUCAAGCAGAAACUUUAAUCGAAUUGAAGUCAUGGUUAAAGGUAUUCGAAAAUGAGAGAAAUAGAAUCUUACUUAGUGAGGAUGGCGAUGAUAUUUUGAAUAUUGCUUCAGGAAGAUAUCCUCCUAUAGUUGCAGAAUUUGCAUCAACAGCAAAUACAUUAAUCGAUAAAGACUUUACCAAUACCAGGAUUGUCACUUCCUCAGGACAAAUUAUUACUUCAAGUAAUUUAUCAAAUCACAUAGGGAGAAAUGAAAAAUAUUUCCAAAAACAUCUUUAUUACCAAAUCCCUCAAAUCAGACCACCUUUCAUGACUGAUACCACUAAGUCAUCGAUCAUAUCUUUUGGUUUAACUUCGGCCACAUCUUUACCUACCGCUUUGACAGCAAAUUUAUGGGGUUCAGUAAACUGGGGUAUAUAUUACUUACAUGAUGCUAUACUGGAUUCUUCUGCUGGGGGAGCUCCUGAUUCCAGACCAGAACAAGAACUUAUAGAUAAACAAUGCUCACCCGAAGGAGAUUCAGGUUUGUAUUAUCCAGAUUAUUAUCCUCCAGCUUUAGUUCCUCUUGAUAUUCAGAUGAGAGCAUUGUUUGAAACUGCAGUAGAGCCGGGUGAAUACUGUAUAGUAUCUUUCAGAUGUAUUUGGUCUCCUAAUUCGAAGCAAGAAUUGAGUGGUAGAUGUUUCAUUACUAGUCAUCAUAUUUAUUUUUACAUGCAAGCGCUUGGAUUCGUUGCAUUAUUUAAGGCUUAUGUUGGACAUUUAGUAUCGGUUGACUAUAAUGCCCAAAAGCAAUAUGAUUUAUUAAAACUUUAUACUAUCAAUGGAGUUAUUAAGACUAAAUUGUUCUUGGAUGAUGGUCAAUUAAUAAAACAGAAGUUGGUAUAUUUGAUCAAUAACUUAUCAAGUGAAAAACCAAAAACAUUAAAAGAAAUCUUAAAGGAUUUAGAAGACAUAGAAAAUAAAGUCCAAUCCGAUCAUAAAGAUCAACAGAAACUCAAAAUAAUAAAUCAAUUAUCAAGAUCGUUGAGUGACGAUGGUAAGGCAAAGUUUAACUUAUCAUACUUAGAUUCCAAAGGUGAUAAAGUUCCUUCCCUUGUAUCUACGAGCAAUCCCAAUCUUGAGGUUUUCAGAUUUGACUUUUCAAGAGAGUAUGAUUUUAUUACAGAACAAACCUAUGAUUUACCUCCAAAGGCUAUUUUCCAUGCUUUAUUGGGGGAUAAUUCAGUCUUAUUCAAGGAUCAUACUACGUUCGCCACUUUAGAGUGUUAUAUAAGAAAGCCUUGGAGCACUGCACCCGAUGGAAAAUUAUACAGGACCGUCAUAUGUCCCGCAAACUAUGAACAGAAGAAGUUAGACAUUAGACUUGAUCAGGAGAUUGAUAAUAUGUAUGAUAACCAAUACUAUACAUUCACUCAUUCUAAAUCCAUAAUGAAAUUUUUCUUAGGUUCAAAGUUUACUGAAAUUUAUAAAUUUGUCAUUGUUGGGGUUGCUGGUAAACAAAGUAAAGUUUAUUUCUAUGCCAGAAGAAAAUUCGACAGUUAUUCAUUGAUGAAUCCUUUAAUAAACAAGUUUUCUUCUCAAUUAGCAGCUAACCAGAUCAAACAUUUAGAUAGACGUCUUAGAAUGGUUGUUAAGGAAGUUGGAAAUCAUGGAAUGAUUGUGAAGGCAAUUUAUCUCUAUGGUAAAUUAAGUCACACGGAACAGUCUCCAAUCGAAGAUAGAUAUCCAAUUAUAAAUGUUAGUCUUACCAGUGUUCUUAAACUUUUGUUUUUCAAGCUGUUGUUGGUCUUGACAAAGAGUGUAUUGCUGGGUUUUGAUUUAAUAUAUAAAGCAGUUCUUUCAUUUAUACAGGGUAUAAGGAUGAACCAAGUGCUAUUGAUCAUAAUUGGUGUCUUGUGCUUAUUGAAUGUAUUCUUGGCUGGAAAGACAACUACAGUGUAUUGGACUACUCGAAGGGCUAACCAGAUUGCACAUGAGUAUAUAACAUCAGAACCAUUUAUGUUGAAGAGAGCUGUGUUUUUGAAAGAUAUCCAAGAUUUGGUUGAGAAUGGUCAUUCACCUAAUUUGACUUUAACUAAUGAUACUAGCGAUGAUUCUACAGUUAAUCUUUCCCAAUCACAAUGUUUUAAGAAUUUUAAAGAAAAAUCAUUUGUGCUAAACUUUGAUCAGCCCAAGUAUUGGCAAGAAUUGGAUUCCAUGAAUGAACCUGCUGAAGUACUUAAGAAGACAUAUAUGGACAUUGGUAUCAAAAGGCAUGAAUUAUUAGUCAGAUUGAGGAUUUUGAAUGAGAUGGAGAAAGAAGUUGGUCAAGCAGAGUAUCAAAAUUUCAUAUUAUCCGAACUUGAACGAUGCGAGUUUGUUAGCUCUAACUUAUUGAAGAAUUUUGAGGCCGGUGUAUUAGAUGUUGGAGUUGAGAAUGUCAUAGAUUACUGUAAAGAUUGUUCGUCCCAAUUACAAGGUUUGAAAUUAAUUUAGAAUUAAAUUAUUUAUUCAAUUGUCUAUGUGUAU